AUGGUGGUGCGAGUUGCAGCCGUGAAAGAGUGGAUCAACGCGUGGCAGCGCUCCCCAGAGAUUCACGACAGAGUCGCUUUCGCUUGGCCGCUCAUCCACGCCAGGCUCGUCAGGCUCGAGCAGAAAGGCACGCUCGAUAUCGUCGGCCUCAACCUGACGGUGGUCACGGGCGGCCAGCGCGAGCAGGAUCAACUGCGCACGGUUGACAAGGAGCUUCGUACGCAGGCGGAGGGCGCGGACCUCAACCGGAAUGGGAUUCCCGACGCGCUGGAGGGCGCCCUCCUCCAGGCUCCCGGCUACGCGCAGCCGCAGUACCCAGCGGCGCAGCCGCAGUACCCGGCGGCCCAUUUCCCUGCGCAGGCGCCCUCGCAGAUGGCGGCGGCCGGAGUCCCCUUCCCCUCGCCGUCCCUGCUCGGGGUGCAGCCGACGCCGAUGGGCACCGGCGCUGCGGCGCGCGUCGCCGCCGCGUACGGCAUGGGCCACGCUGGCGCGAGCAGCACGCCCGUCGCGUGGCAGUAUCUGCAGCCGGGCGCAUCCUACUGAGCGCCGUCCCAGGCGCUGUGGGAGGCCCAGGGGCGAGGCGAUGUGCACAAGUGGGGAG